CAGUUCUUGUUCGUCACGCGUGUGAAAACGUUCAUAUUUACGAUCCAUUAGUGUGCCAUUUAUAAUUAUCGUCAUGGAUUUUUAUUACUAAUAGUAAUCAUAACUAUCAUUAAUAUCAAUAAUAACAAUAAUAACACCCGUUAUCUCCUGACAAUUGGUUUUGCGAUCAAUUAUAUUGAUCACUACGCCGAUCUGUUUUAUUCGUCUUUAAUCGAUAAAUAAUUGCCGAGUUAAUAAAAAAAAAUUUGUCGAAAAAUUUUUUAGCUUUUAACAAAAAAAAAUCUAAAUUCUCCGGUGAAUUUGUGUAAGUGAUAAUAACACCGUGUGAUCUACAAGCAUUAUCUCAUUGUCGCGUGUAUCUGUUGAUAUAAGUGUGUACCAUAUAUUUAUAUGUAUAUAAAUAUAACAACUGAUGACAGUUUUGUUGGUCAAGACAGUUUGCAAUCGUGUGAUCUAGUCGCUAAUUGGGCUCCUGUGUCCCAAGUGAUAUUUUUUAGUUUUAUUUAACGAAAAAUACAAAUAUUAAUUUAUUUAAUUGAUUUAUAAAACUUUUCACUCAUUUUUUUUAUCUAAAACCCUGAUUGGCUAUAGUUUAUGUUCAUCUCAGUGAGAUUUAUGUUUAUUUACUCGGAUGUUGUGUGACUUUUUUUUUUAGAUCAAGACCAGAGUCCAAGAUGCUCCAGGGGAUUUUUAAAAGAAAAAACGCAUGAGCAAUUAUGAAUAAACAAGGUGUGAUUGGAAUGCCGUAUUGAGAAUAAACUAUAGAUAAAUUUAUUGUUCAACACCUAUAGUUCGUAUCAAUAAACGCGAUAAACUAUUUUUCAUUUUUUAUUCACCAGAAUAGAACAUUAUUGUAAUUUAUAGUGACAUAUUUAUAUCUUUUGGAUAUCAAAGUGGAAAUUUAUUGUGUCUAAAAUUAAAUAUUGAAAAAAAAAAUAACACUUUGUGGAGAAAAAUAUUAUUUUGUGUGGUUUGUGAUUCACUUUUACAAAAUACGUUAGCUAGGUUAUCAAAGCAGGGCAUAUGGCCCUGGACUAUGGUAUCUCCAGUAUGCACCAUCCAAAUCAUUUAGAAGACGUGAGCUAUAGAAACGUCGAAAUCACGUCUGCCUUUACGCACCUGCCUCAAAAAGACAUGGCGAGGGACACGCCGGGCUCGCCGAUGUCGCGACCACGUGACCUGGCCGCUGGGGGCGCUACGGCAACCCUUACUUCCGGCGCUUAUCAUGUCUCCACCACCGACCCACAGACUUUGCAUGAUCACGCGCUCCAGCAAAAAAUACUCGAGCUACAGCAGCAUCAUCAGCUCCAGCAGCAAAUUCUACGGCAGCAGUACCAGGCACAAGAGCGACAUCUUGUCGAGGUGCAUGAACAUCAAUUACAUCAAUUGAAGCUCUGGGAACAGCAGAAGCAGCUCGAGGAUCAAAUGAGGGAAAAAGAGCGGAUUGAGGCACUGAGAAAGAAAGACAAACAUGAUCACAGCGCUAUCGCUUCUACGGAGGUCAAAUUACGCUUGCAGAGUUUUCUCGUCAAUAAAAAACAGAGAGAAGCUGCAGCCGCGGCUAAUGGAGCCGUACCCGGUACUCCUGGCUACAGAAGUUGGAUACAGUCACAGUCCGAAUCGAGCAGCUCGACGAAUACUUCGCAUCCUUAUCGGAUGCCUCAGAUGCUGCAGGAAAAAUUCGGGGACGAUUUUCCGCUUCGUAAAACAGCCUCGGAGCCAAACUUGCUCAAGGUGCGACUUAAACAGCGUGUGAUGGAGCGGAACAUGGCAGCGACACGAAAUUCACCCCUUACGGCACGUCGGAAGGAUCGACUCCUGUCGCAUCUCAAGCGGAAGUCACUCCUCGCAAACUCAGGUUCGAACCCCGAAUCCGGGCCUAAUUCACCGCCAACAGGGAACAACUCCCAAGCAAGUCCUCCUGCUGGCAGUAAUACACCUAUUCAAGAGGAAAAUGAAAAUAUACAGUAUGGAGGCCCUUUAACGAGUAGUAGUCAACAGGGAAGUCUUUCUGAUUUAUCAUUAUUUAGUUCACCUUCAAUGCCGAAUAUAUCAUUAGGAAGACCUCACGUACCGUCAUCUAGUUCUUCUUCCAGUGGAUCAAAACUCGCACCAGUAUCAGAAGCCGAAGUCCGUGCAGCAUUUACAGCGCGACUAGGUAUGCCAUUAACAGGACAAAUGUUACCUGGAACCCUGCCAUUUUAUCCAUCACUAACCGUAAUUGAGGGCGAGCCGUCAUAUAUUCACAAACAAAUGCAAAAUUUGGAACAGCAAGGAAGCCGACAGCAUACAGUAUAUCAUAAUUCCCCAAUAACGGACACUCAAGUAGCUCACGCAAGACUUCAUAAGGCUGGUCACCGGCCUUUAGGUAGUAGAACACAGUCCGCGCCACUACCUCUGGGCCACCCGAUGCUCCAGGGCGGGAUAAUACCGCCCCCGACGACUCACUACGAAGAAUACCUCGCGGAAAAGCAGCUCCAUGAGCAGCAGCAGGCUCACAAUUAUCUCAAGCAGCAAAUUCGCCAGACAGUCUUGACCCGAGUGGUCUCUCGCAGCGGAGGCGGUCAAGCCAACCAGCUCGAGGAAGCUCCCGAGUCCGAGGAGUCUGAAGUAAUAGACCUCACGGGGAAGAAAGAAGUCCCGGAAGAAAGCGAGAUCUCCAAGCAGCAGCGCGACCGCGAGCAAUUCCUCCAGCAGCAGCGGGACCUCAUGAUGCGACAUAACCUCCAGGGUAACGAGAGUCCGGCCUACGUCGCCAGCAGGAACUCCCAGUCAGCUCGUCCGCUCUCCAGAGCACUCUCCAGUCCACUUGUUCAUCUAGGACCACAGGGUACCAGUGGAGAUGUGUUUGCAAGGGGAUCUCCUCACCGACCCACCACCGGGCUGGCCUACGACCCGAUGAUGCUCAAGCACGCGUGUGUCUGUGGGGAAACGGUUAGAGGUCAUCCCGAACACGGGGGUCGUCUUCAGAGUGUUUGGGCUAGACUUUCUGAGACUGGGUUGCUACAACGCUGCGAUCGUAUUCGAUCGCGAAAAGCUACGCUAGAGGAAAUUCAAACCUGCCAUAGUGAAGCUCACACACUUUUAUUUGGUACAAAUCCGCUAAACCGUCAAAAAUUAGAUCUAUCAAAGCUAUCGCCGCUGCCAAUUAAAAAUUUCGUACGACUGCCGUGCGGCGGUGUGGGUGUUGACUCAGAUACAACGUGGAACGACCUCCACACGGCACCCGCGGCGCGAAUGGCUGUUGGUUGUGUUGUUGACUUGGCCUUCAAAGCAGCGAUGGGUGACAUAAAAAAUGGGUUCGCUGUUGUCAGGCCGCCAGGUCAUCAUGCCGAGCCGAAUCAGGCCAUGGGCUUCUGUUUUUUUAAUUCUGUAGCUAUAGCUGCUAAACUUUUGCAACAAAAGUUGAAUACCAGAAAAAUUCUUAUUUUAGACUGGGACGUCCAUCAUGGCAAUGGAACGCAGCAAAUGUUUUACGACGACCCACGUGUACUUUACCUGUCAAUCCACCGACACGACGACGGAAACUUCUUUCCUGGAACUGGAGGCUCGACAGAGUGCGGAGUGGGCGACGGACUCGGGUACAAUGUCAAUAUUUCAUGGUCAGGCAUGCUGAAUCCUCCCAUGGGCGACGCUGAGUAUCUAGCGGCCUUCAGAACCGUCGUGAUGCCCAUUGCCAAGGAGUUCAAUCCGGACGUCGUUAUUGUAUCCGCGGGAUUCGACGCAGCGACUGGACACCCGGCUCCUUUGGGCGGGUACAAUGUUAGUCCAGCGUGUUUUGGAAGAAUGACGCAGUAUUUGCUGGAACUCGCUGACGGCAAAGUCAUUCUUGCUUUAGAGGGUGGCUAUGAUCUCGCUGCCAUUUGUGAUUCUGCUCAGGAAUGUGUCAGGGCGUUGCUAGGGGAUGAACCGACUCCGAUUCGCGAUGAAGAACUCACGAGGGUGCCCUGUCAAAAUGCUAUUGAUACUCUACAGAAAACUAUUGCUAUUCAGAUGUCACACUGGCCUUGUGUAAAGUUAGCUGCUCAUACCGUAGCAAUGAGUGCUGUCCAAGCGAGCCAGAAAGAACACGAUGAAACAGAUACUGUGUCUGCAAUGGCUUCACUAUCAAUGCAGCAGCCGACUAAUUUAACAAAAACGCCCGAACAUUCCCGUGAAGUUUCCGAAGAGCCAAUGGAGCAGGAUGAAACAAAGUAAAUGAUAAAAAAAAAAUCCUCAAUGUUUUUAUGAAUUUUAAAUUAAUUGUUGAUGGAUCUUCGUAUGAAUUUAAUUAGUCUAUUGAGAGAAAAAAUUCAAAUAUUUUAAUAAGUUUAAAAUACCUGCCGUAUUUUUACAUAAAUUAAAAUACCAAAUUUAUUA